UUUUCUUCUCAGCUUCAUUUGAUAUUUGUAUUGUUCGAUAUAAAACAUCAUUAUCAUUCAUAAAAUCGGACAUUUUGCCUCGGAACUUGAUCGUUGUCGGUGUGCGAUACAAAAAUAAUAUAAUCUGCAGAAUUACCAGCAGCAGUUGUAGUAGUAACCUUGUCCUUGUUAUUGGUGUCGUGUUUGUUCGAUUCUCGUUUAUUUUCUUUUUUUUCGUUUGAAACAUUUUCAAUAUUUUUUUUUUCAUGGUGACAUCUUCGCGAAUAAGUUCGACUCGACGGAUCAAUAUGAUUGAGAUUUUCGCGUUGAUGGUAUUAUCGUCGUUGGUAUCGAUAAGCAGUGCAACUAGCAGCAGCAGUUCUAUUCCUUCUCCGACUCCUGCAGCGGCAACGGAUACCAGUUGGUCGAUAGUACCUGCUUUUGUUUCAAAACUAUAUCAAGAUUGCGAAAGAAAAGAGUACGAGUUCUUGGAUUGCUUGAAAAUCAAAUCCAUCUCUUUGCUGGAUCGGAUUGGACGAAGCGAUGUGAUCGAACUAGACGAUUCUAUGAAGAUCGUACGUGAAGGCAAGAGAUCCGAAGGAGCCAGGGCUCUUACAGAGAACGAUAUCGAAAGCUCUAUCGUCGGUACAGAUGAAAAAUCCAGUCUUUUGAACGAUAUGCUGGUCGAGAAAAUAUCCAAGUUCGCCAACACCCACGUUCUGAAGAUAGGACUGCCCAAGAUCGACGUUUCUUCGAUAGCUAAAAGUUUAGGCGAAGGUCGAGGCAAGAUGAAAAAAACCAUGGGAAUGUUCAUGAUGGCAGCCAUGAUGAAAGCCAUGAUGAUGAUCCCGAUGUCCAUAGGAAUCCUGUUCAUACUGGCCGGAAAAGCUCUAAUCAUCAGUAAAAUCGCACUAGUUUUAUCGUUGUUGAUAACGUUGAAGAAAUUACUAUCCAAGCCUACUGAGCACGUGGUCCACGAAAGCCACGGUUGGAAUCCAUCAGGUGGAAGUGGUGGUUGGGAUAAGCGUUCGUAUAGACCUCCAGUUCAGGACACUAAUGCUUACAAUCAAAACGUUCAUGCUCAAAAUUUAGCUUAUAACUCGUACGUUAACCAUUAGGAUUCUCGCGUAUUUUUUAUCUUCUGUGAGUAUCUUUUACCAAAAGUAAACGCGUCUAAUUAACCCUACACUAGGUACGUGGUAUUGAUCGAGCCAUUAGCGAAUUUCUCGACCGUGAAAAUUCUCGCGACUGAGGCUCGAUGGCUCGUGCGUCCUCAUAUCAACAAUGGCCACGAAAUUGCGGUUAAUUUAUCUAUCUAUGUACAUACGACAUGUGACGUAGGCGUAAUUACUCGUACAUAGGUACAUUCGCAUAGUGUAUUAGGUUUGUAUAAGUUAGUGAGCUCGUGUUUGUGUUCCUGCGUAAAAUUUUUCAUUUCUUUUUUUAUUUAUUUAUUAUUUUCUUAAAUACGAGUACACAGUACAAUUAUUAUUGUUCGUACAUACUACAUAUGUAGGUACAAGUAGUAUAAGAAGGCUGAUAGGUAUUAUUGUACCAAGUUAAAUAGUACGUUAAGUACUGCAAGUGCCACAACACGCGUAUCCUUAUUAGUUAUUAUACUGUCAUUGCUCGGCGACAUUCUUCAGUCUUUCUAGUCGCAUUCGUCGUCGUCGUCGUAUUUCUCAUCGUCACCCACAUCGUUUCCAUACCUACACCAUAGGUGUACCUAGACCUACUACCUCACAUAAUUCGGAACGUGGGUAUUCCGCAUGUGAAAAAAAAUAGGUACCAUACCAAUGCCAUUGCCAUUGCCAUUGCCAUUGCCAUUUGCCACAUCUCGCGUGUCUCAUAUUGAUAAACUCUUCUAUAAUGUAUUAUCCAUAUCGAUCUCAAGCUUGUCACUGUAUGUAUAUUUCAUUUUAUUUCAUUUCGUUUCAUUUCCGUCGCAUUGACGAAUGACGAUAACUUUCUCGCCGAAUGAUCGAACAAAAUAAAGACUUAGAGUUCUGCCAUGUCGUGUGCCGAUGACAUAUGUGCAUUUUUUCAAAAAUAUUCUGGGGGGGGCAGUCUCGUAACCUUUUUCUUGAUUAACCAGCCAACUCAUAACGUUUUGGUAAAUUCCUAACCUUUUUAGGAUGUGACUUUGCUAUGAGGUGCCAUAUGAAUCUAUAAGGUAUGAGGAGUCUACUGGCAAAGUUUAAGCAGGGACGUGAGAUUGCUGUUUAUACACUUUCACAUUUGAUUCAAUUUUUAAAUGAGCACAUAGCCCAAUAAUAAGCAUGCAUGAGGACAUGAGGAAAAGGUGUUUGUUGCCAAGAAUCAUUUUUCACGUUCUUUUUGGUGAUUUUGAUGGUUGAAGAUCUCCGCUUUCACAUGGUGUGGUCAAAAAUCGUCUAAAACGAAAUAUUUGCAAAAAACAGAGACGUAUAUGGGACUUGAAAAAAAAAACUUUCCCGAAUUGUCCUUUUUAGCAUUUAUUGGUGGUAUUGAUGUGACUUAUGUAGGUAAUAUUUUUUGUAAUAUUUUGUAGGUUUUCCUUGAUGUCGUCCAAUGAUGAUUUGUUAACUUUACUUUCCUUUUUUCCUUUCUCAUUUAGCUUUAAUUUUUUUUUGUCUACUUUUUUGUUUAUUAUAAUUUUUUUCAUUAUUAUUAUAUUUGUGUAUUAUUUUUACAAACUUAUUUGUAUGUACAUAAAAUAGAA